AUGGCGGUCGCACCAUCCCCCGGGAGGCCAGUUGGCGGGUCGCACCUUCCCCCGUGGAAGGCCUUGGGUGGCGGCGAGGUGGCCACCGGCAGCGGGGGGGGCCAGUUGGCGGCGGCGGGGAGGCCCAGUUUGUAUGGGGGAGGGCGCCCCCUGGGAAUCACGCCCGGACCACCGAGCGUUUGCCCACCACGCUCGGGCCCGGCGGGGGCCGGGGCGCCUGUCAAGAGCCUGGACGAGGACACCCUGGUCUUUGGAAUGGCCCAAAGCUACGAUGACACCGAUCCGGAGGAGCAGCCGCUAUCUACCUUCGACUUGAAGUUCCACGACGAGAGCUUGAACCAAUGGACUCGGUGGUAA